AAGAGGGGCAAAAUAGGAAAGAUAAAGUUUCACAAAAUACAAGUAAACGUUCCCCUUCGCAAGUUCUUAUUCAUAUUCUACAGUCUCUCUCUAUUUUCCCAUAAAGACUUGGCCUUUGCCUUGGCUGUUGGCUUUGUUUGAUUUUGAUUUUGAUUUUUAUCUUUAAUUUAUCUCUCUACACCAUAAAGCAUCACCAGCAGCCUCACGACCCUUUCAGAAAUAUGGGUUUUCACUGAAAACUCGGAAAGAUUUAACAAAAACAAACAAACAAAAGGUGGUAGAUGCAUGCGCCACUACCACAAUACCAACUUCUUCAAAUCACUCUUCUACUUCUUUCACCAUCUUUCCCUUCAUUCCCUUUUAGCAACAAUGAAUCUUGAAUUUUCUUUUACCUGAUUUUGGUUUUUAAUCCUUUUUUUCUCUCUCUCUAUCUGUUUCUCCUCGGUUUCUACGCUGUCUCAACCACCACCUUUGCUUUCCCUUUCUCAGGCCACAGGCACAAGGAUAGAUGCAAAGGACGAUCAAUUAAGCCAUCGUUCACUGAGUAAAAGGUUGCCAACAUGGUGAGCUUACGCAGACGCAAGCUUUUGGGACUCUGCUCUGGGAAGAAUUCUGUUUUGACUCCACUUCAUAGAUUUUUUGGUAAUGGAAAUGCCCUUGAAACUUCAAGCCAGAAUGCAAAAUCAGUUAGUGUGCAUCCUAUUCUCUUAGAUUCCAUCAACCAUGUGCAUGGGAAAAGCAUUCCUAUGGUUAGCUGUGGAUCCCCAAAUGUUUCUGGCUCUGGAUCAUCAAAAGAGCAUCAUAAUCAACCUUUUCCAGGGCAACUGAUCAAACGGAGAAAGCGGCACCGAAGGAAGCAUGUUCAAAACCAAGAACCUUGUCUGAUGAGGGGUGUAUACUUCAAAAAUAUGAAAUGGCAAGCUGCAAUAAAAGUCGACAAGAAACAGAUUCACUUAGGCACUGUUGGUUCACAAGAAGAAGCUGCCCGCUUAUAUGACAGAGCUGCUUUCAUGUGUGGAAGGGAGCCUAACUUCGAGCUUUCAGAGGAGGAAAAACAAGAGCUUAGGAAUUUCAAGUGGGAUGAGUUUUUGGCAUAUACUCGCCAUUCAAUUACCAAUAAAAAAUCCAAGCGAAGGCUCGGCAUCAGACCACAGAAAAGCUCUGAACCAGCAAUAGAGAAUGGUCAGUGACAGGGCAAAGCAGACAAAAGAGUCAAUAGUUUCUCAGCUUCAAAACAGGCGGCACUAGACUCUUGAGCCUCAUGAAAAGAUGAUGGUUCCAGAGGAAGGCUGAAUAAUCUGGUUUUAGUUAUUAAACUCUAGUUGCUGAGUCUCCAUUUUUGGGUGUAUAAAGGGCCCCUAUUAGGGCAAGAAGCAAUGAUAAAUCCCAUUAUUAUCAUUUUCUGGUAAGCAGAUAUCAAUAGUUUUUAAACUUAAACCGAAAUAA